AUUUACAAUCUGUUCUUCUUUAACAGCACAUUACACCGAAGCCUCCUCCUUUCUCCAGACUAAUAAUAGCCAAAGCAGAAAUCCCCAUAAUAAGAAUAAGAAGUACAUACUGUAUUAGUUUCAAUUCACGAUGAAGGCAAUGACCGUAUUGGCAAUGCAAAUUCGCUUCCUUAGCAUUUUCGUAGUCUGCACUUGCUGCUUUCUGAGUCAAUCUGUUGUUGCAUUUGAAGGAAGCAUACCACAAAUUUCUGAGUCCAAGAACUCACAAGUACCAGCACGUCCACUCUUUGAUUUAAUGCUGAAAAAAGCAAAGAGACCAAGGGGUAAUAUUUUUCUUCAGGAUAGCACUUUAACUGUACAACCAAAUGACAAUUUUCCUCCCUAUUGUACAUUAUCUCCCUUGAUCCCAAAAUCUCCAAUUUCAACUGCUCCAACCCCCGGAAUUUAUACACCACUGUCCCUGCCUUCGCCAAUGUAUUAUGCACCGCCUUUCACCAUGCAAAGUCCUCCUCCAACUGCAAGCACACCUAGAAUAGUCCCAACUCCACCAUGCGCCCCCCCAUCACCACCCACACCACAGCGACCACAGUUUUCAGUCUGGUGUGUUGCCAAGCCCACUGUACCUCCUACGCUACUUCAGGUGGCACUUGAUUAUGCCUGCGGUUCAGUUACUGGCAGAAGACAAAGCUGGCUGGUGGAACUUGUGAUUUUGGAGGGACAGCCAUGCUUGUCAGCGUUGAUCCCAGUUACGAUGAGUGCCAGUUCAUCUACUCCUGAGGAAUGGGAGGACCUUAGGAUUUGGAAGUGGAUGGAUAACCUGAAUACCUGUCUCUUGUAUAAAUUUGAGCCCGGAAAAAAGAGAAAAUGAAUGAAUUGAUGGUGUCUUAUUCUGUGUAAUUUGAUUUUUUGUUUGUAUUAUGAAUUUAGUAGAACUACGUCAAAUCAUAGUAAG